AUGCUCCAGGUCUGGCGUGCGUUCCUGGAGUCGGUGGCGGGGGCGUUGGUGUCGGCGUCGGCUACCGCAGCUGCAGCACUGCUAUGUCUACCGCUCGGGAAGCGAGUCGUGCGGCGCGCUUCCCCGUGGUCGAUGCCACUAAGCGACAUCGGAAGUGGAUUCGCUGCCGGAGCACUCCUGGCUGACGUCGUGUUCCACCUGCUGCCGAGGUGCUUUGCGGGGGCCGAGGUCGCGGCGCACCACGAAAGUGUGCACCACCACGCUCACGAUCACGUGACUGCGGGCGGCAUGCUGACUGGACUCGUCACGUUUUUUCUUCUGGAGAAGUUCGUACAGUGGCUGCACCUAAGUGCGACUCCAAACGCUACCGUUGAAGCGACUGCUGACGGCAAGCGACCUGCUUCGAGCGCGUCCAAGGCACCUGUUGCACCAGUGGGUUGGUUGAAUCUUAUCGCCGACGGUGUCCACAACUUUGUCGACGGGCUGGCGAUUGCAGCUGCCUUUCUGACACAACGAAGAAACGGGAUCAUCACGACGGUUGCGGUAUGGCUGCACGAGCUCCCGCAGGAGAUCAGUGACUACCUGGUGCUCGUACAGGCAGGUUUUACCCCGUUCCGGGCGCUCUACCUGAACCUGGUAUGUUCGCUGAGUGCUGUUGCUGGUGCACUGGUCGUCUUUUGUGGAUACUGGAUGCUUGGAUAUCGACUAGGCGAAUCCUUGGAUGCUUCUGUUCCGAUGAUGCUCGCUUCUGUCCAACGGCGAGUAGCCCCGUUCGCCGCAGGUGGACUCCUCUACCUCGCCACAACGAAUCUGCUAUCUCAGAUGCAACAAACUGUACCGUUCUUCGCUCCGGUUCAUCAGGGAGCAACGAAAACUUUCGCGAGUCCACGUCGAAAGCAUAUGCAGCGCACGCUCUGGCAAAUGACUGGCUUGGUCAGUGGCAUCCUUUGUGUGCUCGCCACGGAGCACAUAUGCUGA